UCUUCGAUCACUGAAACAUGAUGAACCUGCACAAACAGACCAGCUCUUUAUCAACUGCUGAUAACAUUCGCUUAUAUAGAGCAAGGGCCUGUGAGGUUGGGGCACUGAUCUCCAGGACUAGCAGAGGCAGAGCUACUGUAAAGAAGAACAGAAAUUGUGAUUUAAGUUGCACAGUUGAAGAAAUCCAGGAUGUUUCCCAGAGCAAUCCCUGUGCUUCUAGCUGCUUUCUUGAUGUUAGGCUCCCAGAUUGAGGUCAAUGGAGAUGAGGUCCAAGAGGCCUUCUGGGAUUACAUCAGUCAAUUGACCAACACUGCCAAGGACAAUAUUGACCAGAUCCAGGGCUCAGAAAUUAGCCAUCAGCUGCGUGAUUUUCUAAAGGAUAAUGUGGAGACUUUCCAAGACUACACUGAGAAUCUCCGCCAGAAACUGACUCCCCUCACUGAUGAACUGAAGAUUAAGGUUAAUAGCGAGAAGCUUCGGCAGACGAUCAGGAACGAGCUGCAGGAACUGAGCAGGAAACUUGCCCCUUUUGCUGAUGGAGUCCACCAGAGCCUGAGUAGAAACCUCGCAGAAUUCCACCAUAAGCUGACACCUUACAGUGAGCAACUCCAACAGCAGCUGAGGAAUAAUGCUGAGGAACUUCGCCAGAGAGUGACUCCCUACUGCAAAGUGCUUCAGGAAAAAUUGAGAGAAAAUGCAGGGAACCUGCAGGAUGUUCUCACUCCCUAUGCUGAGCAACUGCAGCUGGAGAUUCAAGAGAACGUUGAUAAUCUCAGGCAGAAGGUGAGUGUGAAUGCUGAGGAAUUCCGCAGCAGGCUAGAUGAGAAAGUGCAGGAACUCCGUGAUAGCUUGAUCCCUUACGCCAGUGAUGUCCAGAACAAGAUGAACCAACAGAUCAAUGAAAUGACCCAGACGGUUGCACCUUAUGCUGAGGGGCUGCAGGCAAAGAUUGAUGAGAAUGUGGCGGUUCUGAAGCAAAGGCUGAUUCCAUAUGUUGCAGAACUGAAAGUGAAACUCAGUGAAAACUUGGGAAGCAUGAACCAAAAUCUGGCUCCAAUAAUCGAAGAUCUCAACAACAUUAUUAACCAGAAUGUUGAGGAGUUCCAUCAGAACAUUGCCCCCUAUUCAGAGGAACUGCAUCACAUGAUCAGUCAGAGUGUCCAGGAGAUGCAAGAGAGACUCGCACCAUAUGCAGAAAUUCAUCAGGAUCUUCAAAUCCAACUUUCAGCUUUGUGGGACAAAUUCCGACAGGACAAGGAGAACUGAUCGAGAAGUGGAAAGUUAUUCAAUCAGGCUGUGCAGCAGGAAUGCAGAGCUUUGUUGGAGGACAGAGAACUGUUUGAUUAUAAAUAUUGUCAUGUAUUUAAACCACUAUUGGAAUGUUAAAUUAUGGAUAAAAUGUUUUGAAAUGACUUCAGUAUUGAUAAUAUUUUCAUGUUUCCAUUUCUUGUGAAGCUCUUGUGAAGUUCAAAUCAAUAAAUAUCUGUUUUUUUGAAA